AGCAUUUCAGGGGACACUUCAAGAUCCAUCAGUGGCAUAAAAGAGGGAGACCACCCGGUGGAGAGUUCUGAAUGCGGUGAACAGAAUGUCCUCCCACGAAGGGAUUCCGUAUUCUAAGGCAGCAAUCCGGGCGAUUGUUGAUGCGUUCCUCUGUGAGGGUGACAGAGGAAUGGAGGUUUUUAGAACUCUGUGAAUGACAGCCCUUACCCUCUAUCUGUAAAAGGGAAAUGCCGUUUCGAGGGAAGGGAAAGGAGUGUGACAUCUCCGAGAAGCUGCAGAAGUUCUGGAAAAAAAGUGAGACGGAAUUUGUAUUUCUGUUGCUGUGUGCUCACCUUACAUAUCUUGUAAGCCUUACUAUUCUUGCCAUAUUGAUCAGUCCCCUGGGUGUGGGGGUGUGGAAUCAUUAAGAUAGCACUUCUUUUCGGAUUAAUAUUUGCAAAAUGUAUGCCGGAGGUUGCCAACUCCGUCUCUUUGCAACAAGUAAAAACAUGUCCUCCUGUUAGGUUAAGCAGUAUUAUGGUCUGCAAAGCAGAUAAAAUAAACCCCUGGUUUGGCCAAGGUCUAGCAGUUGACCCACCAUAUUGUGUUGAUUCUGUUUGCUGGAUCCUGUUCUGUUUGUGCCCCUGCCUCGUGGACCAGAAUUUUUGAAACCAGACGUUGGUAAUUCUGUGAUAAUUCUGCACCCGACUCUUUUUGUCCUAUCCUCAUAAACAGAAGCAAGAAACAAGCUUUCUCCUUUGUAAGAAUUUGGUGCGAAGGAAAAAAUCCUCAUCUUCAGUUUUGUUUGGUUUUUAUUUUGUGUGGGACACCUGUGGAUAUGUUCAAAUGUUCUGCGAAUUUGUCAGCGCAAACUUUUCAGAAUACAGAUAACCAAUUUGCCCCUCCUGCAAUCUUUUAAUCUAGGAAAGAAGCUACAUAAACUGCGCCGGGCUCUUGCUAUGAUGAUUUAUCCUGAGAAUUUUACUCACUCCAUUAGCUCCCCAUCAGGUAAGCAACAUAAACAUCACUUAUAUUAUUAAGAUCAGCGUUUGGAGGCCCCACUGUCAAACAUACCUAUAGGAAAAGACUUUUAAGUUGUGGUAUCCUGUUUGCAGAAUGCUUUACCAUCACACAACAGAGGCUAUGUACAUAAUGUAUGUUCAAAUCAUAGUUGCCUCCAAAGAAUUCACCCACAGAGCUACAAUUCCCAGCACCUUUAAGAAACUACAGUUCCCAGGAUUCUUGAAAGGGGUGCUUUAAAUAGUUGGUGGAUGUACAGAGCCUGAGUGGCUUUUUGAUGCAGCUUUGAAAACCAUUUAUUUAUUUAUUUCCCAAGCCUUUUCUCAUUCUGAUGAAAGCUGUCUGCUGAAUUUACUGUUUGUUUAUUUUAUCUGCUCUCCUGCAUUUGGACUGUUUAUAUUUUUUACUGCAUGCUUUUCAUUAUUAUGUCUUUGAAUUUGCAAGGUGACAAAGAAGCUUUUCUAAAGCUAAGAGGCAGUGUAAAAACUUUUUUUUUUAAAAGUAGUUCCAAUGGGCUUCAAUUACAAAGAGGGUAGAUUUUGGUUGGACAUUAGGAGGAACCUCUAGACAGUAAGAACAGUUCAAUAUUGAAGUUAAUGACUUAGAGGAGUGGUGGGCUGCAAAUUCAUCUAUUGAGGAUGCUUGUAGCUCUAGAGUUUCCACCCUGAGCAGAGAAUCAGAUGGAAAUAGCCUUCAGGGCUCCUUCCAACGAUGUGAUUAUGUGAAAUUCAGAGUUUUGUCCUACUUCCUGGCGAUUUAGCAGAUGCAAACAGGGUCACUAUGGUGUAUCUUUAACCACACUAUUGUCAGAUAACUAUUGCUGCAAUACUAAAGUCACUUGCUAGGCCAUGUGGAGAAUAUAGUAUGUUGGAUCAGACAAAAGUCAGUUUGUCCCAGUAUUUUGCUUUCAUCAGCAGACAACACAUGCCUUAUGAAAAAUCAGAAGCAAGUUAUGGUUUAAAGAAAACAGUCUUAUCCUUUUGUCUGUCCCCUGUGUAGAAGGGCAGGAUUUCUGAAUACAGACGUCCUCCGUUAUUUUGCCUAAUCCCCGCCUCCCUGCCAUGUAAGCUUUUGGACAUCAUCACUAUAACUUGUGGUUAUGAGUUCCACAAGGUAAUAGAAUAUGUUUGCCUUUAGGAUGGGGAACCUUUUGAAACUGAGGUGUUGCUGUCAGCAGAAACCCAUGUGGUUUCAAGCCAAAAUAAAAUAAAAUAAAAUGCAUGUGUUGCAUUCUAAACUGAACAAAAGACUUAAAAGAAGAUUCAGUGGAUGCAUGAUAUGGCGGUAUAUCAAUCAAAAAGUCACAGAUCCUUAGACGACAGGUAUUGAUUGCAGUGGUACUUCGGGUUACAUACGCUUCAGGUUACAUACGCUUCAGGUUACAGACUCCACUAACCCAGAAAUAGUACCUCGGGUUAAGAACUUUGCUUCAGGAUGAGAACAGAAAUUGUGCUCUGGUGGCGUGGCGGCAUCAGGAGGCCCCAUUAGCUAAAGUGGUGCUUCAGGUUAAGAACAGUUUCAUGUUAAAAUGGACCUCCGGAACGAAUUAAGUACUUAACCCGAGGUACCACUGUAAACAGAACAUCAGAUGCCAGGACAGAUGUUCUAGCAUUAUAAUCAGGAAAGUGAAUGCAAUCAUCUCUGUAUCUGAUGCACCUCAAGUGAUCAUUUACACUUCUUAGGAGUUUUCUGGAAGGAAUGACAGGCUUAACAGCCGUGGGAUCUCCACAAAGAGAAGAGAAAAAGUAGCCAAGUCUGAUGGAUGGAAAGAUUCACCUACUUAGGCUCUCCUGGCAUGAGGAGAAUUUUUAAAGCAAAUGUGGUUCUAUGGCCCUCUGGUGGCAUUUUAUAAGCUACAACAUGCUGCAAUAAAAUUUAAGUACGCUGGUGGGCAAAGGGUCAACCGUACUGACUGAAAACUACUUCCACAAUGCACAUAUUUAUUUGUGACAUUAUUUGGGGGCAUGGUCCAUCCGAGGAAGCUCACAACAUAAUACACCAUGAAUACAAGCAAUCUGAAAGUUCUCAAAAUUGGCCAAAGAUUGCCUUGAGACUUUUGCAGGAGGGAUUCAAAUGCCUAGCGAAAUAUUAGGGUUUAUGCAGUUAAAGUGACUUAUGUGCAGGAGAAGCGCCAAGUCCACACUAAACAGGCAUGAGGAAGUGCCCCAAGAAAGAGCUAUUGCACUCAUGUCAUGCUCCUCACAUGAGAAACAAGAUAGCAGACUAGGCAGCCCCUUGGUCUGAUCCAGUAGGGCUCAAACGUUCUUUGCAAUAAGCCCCACUGGAUUCAAUGGGGCUGAAGUCCCAGGCAAGCUGUGCAUAGGGUUGCAGCCUUCAUAGCUGCUGGAUUCAAUUGGACAAGCAAUCAUAAUGAAACUAAUUUGCAUGUACAGCCUGAUUGGUUGGCACUGCUCUCUCCUUCAGUGCUUGCCAGGCUGAAGAAACAAUGGGAACUCCCAUCACUUGCCACCCUGGUGGUUUCCCCCCAUGACUCUUCUUAGACAGUGGCAAAACGCCGCCAUCUUUCCGGAAACCAUCCUCAUUCACCCUGGGGAUGAAGUUUUGAAACCAUGGCAGCGGAAGCCUCUUCCUGAGAGCCAAUGUAGUCCUCCUCUAAUGGGAAAUGCCCAAAAUGUUAACAUAGCAAGCCGUCAGCGUGAAGAAUAAGCCCAAUGGAAUGAUCCAGUCUUCCUCCUCCAAGUCCAAAGUAGUUGUUGCUCUGGGGAAAAAACAGUAAUAGGGUUGCCUUCUGGUGAGUCUGGGUAAACACUGGGGGGAGACGCAGCUCAUUCCAUAGGGACAACAAUGCUUGAUUUAAUAAUAAUAAUAAUAAUAAUAAUAAUAAUAAUAAUUUUUAUUUAUACCCCGCCCUCCCCAGCCAAGGCUCAACUCAGGGCAGCUAACAAGCAAUAAUAAAAACAAGUUGAAUGAAUACAACUUAAAAACAAGAUUAAAAUACAAUUAAAAUAUUAAAACAUUAAAAUAUUAAAAUGCAGCCUCAUCACAGGAGGAGAAAGGGAAAAGAAAAAAGAAAGAGGGAGAGGGAAUCAAAUUGGCUCCAAGCCAAAGGCCAGAUGGAACAACUCUGUCUUACAGGCCCUGCGGAAAGAAAUCAAAUCCUGCAGGGCCCUGGUCUCAUGAGGCAGAGCGUUCCACCGGGCCGGAGCCACUGUUGAAAAAGCCCUGGUUCUGGUUGAAGCUAAUCUAACUUCCUUAGGGCCCGGGACCACUAGGGUGUUGCUAUUUAUGGACCUUGAGGCUCUCCGUGGGGCAUACCGGGAGAGGCGGUCCCGUAGGUACGAGGGUCCUAGGCUGAUUUAAGAACGGGGUUAGCCACUAGUUUUCCCAAAGGCUGCUUUGAGGAUGGUGGGGGAGGGUAAUACAGAGCUUUGGAUCAUGCCCACUCCCACCUCACAAUGGGUGUUUGUAUCCCAGAAAUUCUAAUGCCCACAUCUGUUUGCCGCUGGAUCGACUUGGAUGGUAUGUCAUUUAUCAGUUUUGUUAAGCUUAUAUUCUGCCUUUCCUCCAAAGAGCUCAGCACAAUAUACCGUACAUUUUAUUCAUUUCACAACUUACUGCAUAAAAAUUAUAUACCUCUUGAUUGUAAAAAAUAAAAUAAAACGCAGGGCUUUCCCCCUCUUUUUAAAUCAUGACAACCUGGUGAAAUAACCUGAGAAAUAGUGUAGGCUCGAGGUCACCCAGUGAGCUUCAUUUGAGUGGGCAUAUAGCUGCUCCAUCACAACACAGACUGAUCAUCUUUAACAUUUGGAGGGAAGGAAGCAAUAGCAGACAUGACAACAUCAGUGGGUGCCAGACAGCAGACCCUCCAAAGGUCCCUAUUUUCCAGGGACAGUCCCGGAUUUACAGAAGCUGUCCCGGUUUCUGAUUUGAUUCCAGAAUGUCCCGCUUUUCCUUAAGAUGUUUCUAUUUCCAUCAGAAAAAUGUUGGAGGGUAUGGAGUUAUGUGACCCCCGAGCCAAGGAGAUAAGUAACCAUACAACCUUUAGAAGACGUCUGAGGCAGCUCUGUAGUUUUAAAAUGUUUAAUGUUUUAUUAUGUUUCUAUAUAUGUCAGAAGCUGCCCAGAGUGGCUGGGACAACCUAGUCAAAUAGGCAGGGUGUAAAUAAUAAAAGUAUUAUUGUUGUUGUUUUAAAAAUUUAGAGACAGUGUGAGUGCUUUCAAGCCUCAUUAUCAAUGGGAAAGUUUCCCAGUAUGGAAAGGCAUAGCCUGUUUUUUUAAAAAUUGAUUUACUUGCUGCACUUAUAUUCCAGCUUCCUUCUGAAAGUGGCCUGCUGGGCUCCCCCCCCCCCCCACAUAAACAUUACAUCCUCACAACACCCCGUGAGGUAGGUCAGCCUGAAUGAUAGUUACAGGUCCAGGGCCACCCACUGAGUUCCAUGGUUGAAUAGGGACUUGAACCCGAGUUUCUCAUCUUCUGCUUCCACUGGCAGCAACCCGGCAACGGAGCUAUUUGUGGCCGUUAAUUGGGCCAUGAUUGCCCCCGACACAAUUGCUUUCUGUUCUCUGCACUUCCAGUGACCACGGAACGCAUCAUGUCUUCUACGAAGCCAGAACCGUCUGCUACGUCUUCAGAGACCUCUGACGAAAGUCUUGAGGAUGAGGUAGUUGUGUAUUCAAGCUCUUUUGCAUACCAUAGGUGGUAUCUAACAAAAACAGUUUUUAGCUAUGUGAUGUAACUUUCCCAACCUUUCCCCCAACUCUCCAAAGCAGGGAAUUAGAUGGCACAGCUUAAAGUUGUAUUAGAACAAGUGUUUAGAUGAAUACUCCCCACUUUGUUCUUUUCUUCUUCCAGUUUUUUUUGCUGGGCUACACUCCUUUUUGCUAUCUUAUUCUCUCCUCAGAUUACCCAUCUCUCCAGGUUUUGCAAUGCCAUCUCAAUCCCCCAAAGGUGCAAAAAUAAAGGUGUUAUUUUGUUUUUGAAAGAACCUCAUACAAAAUGCAUGUUUAAAAGGGAGAAUGCACCGAAAAAAAUGUGUGUUAUACAAGCAAAGUAUGUACAAAAUGUGUGAUAGUUUACAUGUGGGUUUUCGGGGGCAUUAUUCUGGAAAGUCUAGAAAGACAUGAUGGAAUGGCUCUAUGAUGGAGCAUCAGGAAAAGUGACUGGUCCGUCCAUCCCUCACUUGCAACGGAAUCAAAGAACCACAGUAUGAAAGGCAGGGCACUGGGAGAAUCUCAGCAGAUCUCAGAGCAUAAACUUGAUCUAAACUAGUGUAUUUUAAGUUGUUUUGUCUUUGUUUUAAGUGCUAUUGUUUUUUGGAAGUCACUUUGAGUUUCAUUUUUGAAAAGCAAGUGACUAAUUAAUAUAACAAAUGUUUAAAAUAAAAUUAUAAAGUCCACCCAAACACGGAGGGUUGCUAACUUCGGGUUAUAGUAUUGACUUGUAUUACAAAUCGUGGCCUCUGCUUCUUUUGUGAUAUGCUAUUGUUUAUUGGUACUGCUGUAGUGUGGACGUGUUGUUUUGUUUGAACUGUGCUCUGAAUGGUUUAUUUAUUUAUUUAUUUAUUUAUUGUACAACUGAUGGCUUAAAUAACAAAGAUCUGGCUUUGGUUUCCAUGUCAGAAUGUCUUGAAGAGAGUUGGCAGCCUCCCCUUGGUGUGCUCUGUUUGCGACUUAGUUUCUUCAAACUACACCUCCAUCAAGAGAAAGAGCUCCUACCUUCAGACAGUGUGUGGCGGGGCAGAGAAAGGCAUGAAGACCAUCACUGGAGCUGCCAUCAACAAGGCACAGCCACUUCUGACUACAUUUGAACCUCAGAGUGAGUAAAACUGAGGCAGAGGGCUAAAUGCAACAAGCUAGAAUUAGCUGAAGAGAUGGCAAUGAGCAUUUAUUGACAAGCUAGCCCACAAUCGCUGAAAUAUACUCAGAGUCCUGUAGGGAUUUCAUGCUCUUUAUUUCAGCUUGUAAAACAGUGAUUUUAUUGCCCCCCCCAAAAAAAACCUCAGGCUUUUAUAUACAUUAUUUACACAAUUAGUCCCAUCUGAUUGGCUGAUUCUGCUUCCCUCCUGGAGCCUGAUUGGUCUUUUCCUGCAGGCCAAUCAGUUGUUGCAUUCUAGGAUCCUACUUGCCUAUUGUUCCAGGAUCCAAGCUUAGUACAGUCAUACCUCAUGUUACGUCCGCUUCAUGUUAUGUUCUUUCAGGUUACGUCCUGUGGCGACCCGGAAGUACCGGAAAGGGUUACUUCUGGGUUUCGCCUCUCACGCAUGCGCAGAAGCGCAAAAUGACGUCAUGUGCAUCUGCAGAAGCGGCGAAUCGCAACCCGCGCGUGUGCAAACACGCCGCUGCGGGUUGCGCUCUUUUCAUGUUGCAAAUGGUCCUCCGGAACGGAUCCAGUUCGCAGCCAGAGGUACCACUGUACGUAACAAUCGCCCUCAAAUUGCCACUGCUAUCAACACACACCACAAUCUAUUCAAGCUUCUCUGGGUUUAGGAAUCCUUCCUACAUUGGAAAGGAGGUCUAGCAGAGUGCAGGAACUUUCUGGAACCCUGUAAACGGAUUCUAGUCAGUGGCGAAGCGUGGCUCCAAGAUGCCUGGGGUGGGAGGGGGCGGGGCAAGCAGCAGAGAACAAAGGCAGCGUGCAACCAACCCCCACCGCUGCUGGAGCAACCCCAGCCCUGAGCGGAGGCCGUUGUGCCCUUCUGGCACCCACCUCCUCCCCAGAUCUGAGCCUUGCAAGGCUGCUCAGUGUGGGGACACGGGGUAAACUAAAGUCACCGGUUGCUUUGCUUGUGCUUUGAAAGACACUCACCGCUGCAGGGGGCCUGUUAGUGCGUGUUGUGUUUUCCUGCAGAAGGUUCCGCUUUCAAGGUCGCCCCUGCCCCCACAUCUCCAGUGGGAUGGAGUCAGGAUUCGCCCCCCCCCCAUGGCUCCCCAAACCGGUGCCAGCCAGUUCAGGAUGGUAGUGCCGGGAGGCGGGCGCACCCCCUCAUUGAUGAUACCCGGGGCGGCCCGCACCCCCCUUCCUACGCCACUGAUUCGAGUAAGUCCCUGUUCUACUUUGCUCAGUAGUCCACCAAGAAAAAACAGGAGGAUCUGCUGCUGAAUUUGGUUGUUACAGACAGAAAUCCAAAACUGACCAGCCAAAUAAUCACACCAGUGGUGGAAAAAGUAAAGGUUUGUUCAGACAGCAGUAAGAAAUUACAGGGGAAUCAAAUUCAAAAUCCCGUCCAAAGUUGUGUUGGGUAAUUUCUUCCAGGUUAGAAAUGCAGUUGAUGUUUUCCUGAUUUCCUGAAUCAGAAACAUAGGCCUGCCCUCAGUAUCUUGGCUAUUUAACUGUGUGCUGUUAGAUUAAUUGAUUUAUUGCCGUUGUUAUUGUUGCAAUCUUGGAGGGAUGUGAGAUUCCAGGGGUUCCAGGCACUGAGUCAAGGUUCAUGUUUCCUUUGGGAUGAGGGACAGCGGAGAUUGUGCUUUUAAAGAGCGGGUUUUCAUGGGGAAAGCUCUGGAGCAAAAAAAGAAAAAAAGGAUGCUCAGACACUGAGCUUUAAAGUGUGGACCAUGCCUGGAAAGCACGAACGAAAGGUAAGUGUGGAUAAGUCCAUAGAAAAAUAAAUGGACAUUGGAAAAAUGAGGGACUGAGAGAAAGAACAAUUGAUAGCUUUUCACCCUACCAGUAUUUUGUAACCAUUGCCAAAGUUCCUUGUGUGAUUACUUUGUGUAAUAUUUUUGUUAUAAGUAAGUAAGUGAAAGCCAGUGUGGUGUAGUGGUUAAGAGCGGUGGACUCAUAAUCUGGCGAACUGGGUUCGAUUCCCCGCUCCUCCACAUGCAGCUGCUGGGUGACCUUGGGCUAGUCACACUUCUCUGAAGUCUCUCAGCCCCACUCACCUCACAGAGUGUUUGUUGUGGGGGAGGAAGGGAGAGGAGAUUGUAAGCCACUUUGAGACUCCUUAGGGUAGUGAUAAAGUGGGAUAUCAAAUCCAAAUCCAAAGUAAUUCAAAGCUCAGUUGUUUUGGUGAGACUGAAAGGGACUCAUGACAGCAACCAUAAUAAAAACCAAAGUGUCUUCCUCUCUCUGUCUCUCUUAGUUGCAACAGCAAACAGGUUUGCCUGUCGGGGCUUAGAUACAGUGGAAGAGAAGAUGCCCAUCCUUCAACAGACGGCUGAUCAGGUGAGCAGUUGUCUGCCUCCCAGAAGAUUGCAAACAUUUAUUUGGGUCAUUUCGAAUAAGUCUCUGGACACUUUGCAACAUCUUAAAAACAUCACAAAUAGAGGUGAAGGAUGCCACAAAUGACCCACAGUUCAAAGCAGCCCAAAACCAAGAGAAAAGAUGGUCCUCUUGGAACACAGAGGGCAGAUACAUUGGACAAAAGAUAUUGGUCAAAAUAUAGAUAUGGAAGCAUAGGAAAGACUGUGGAAUACAGACAUAAAAUUUACAGCAUGUUAUUGGUCUAACAGAAAAUUAUAUGAAAAUGAUAUAAUUUUAUGAUAUAACACCGAGUAAAUUGGCAAAAAUGUAUAAAUCCAAAUCAAAUAAGUGUUGGAAAUGUAAAGAGAAAGAAGGUUCUUUUUAUCAUAUGUGGUGGUCUUGUAGUAAGGUUAAAGCUUACUGGGAAAUGGUGUUUAAAAUAACGUUUGGAAAAAAGCAAACCCAGAAGCUUUCCUUUUGGGAAUUAUAGGGACAGAACUAUCCACACUGUCUAGAAAUUUAUUCAUGUAUGCUACUACAGUGGCAAGAAUGUUAAUCGCCCAAAAAUGGAAAGAGGUCCCAACAAAGAAGAAUGGAUACAAAGCUUAUGGAAUAUGCAGAAAUGGCAAAACCUAGCAGAAAAAUAAGAAAUCAAGAUAACAAACUUUGUUUAAAAGAAUGGAAAUGGUUUACAGAAUAUUUACAAAUAAACUAUAAACAGAUAAGAACAUUGGCAGGAUUAUUGUAAUAACCUGCAGUUUUAUAAGUGUAUAUAUAUAUAAAGAGGGAUGUGGGUGGCGCUGUGGGUUAAACCACAGAGCCUAGGACUUGCCGAUCGGAAGGUCGGCGGUUCGAAUCCCCACGACGGGGUGAGCUCCUGUUGCUCGGUCCCUGCUCCUGCCAACCUAGCAGUUCGAAAGCACGUCAAAGUGCAAGUAGAUAAAUAGGUACCGCUCCGGCGGGAAGGUAAACGGCGUUUCCGUGUGCUGCUCUGGUUUGCCAGAAGCGGCUUAGUCAUGCUGGCCACAUGACCUGGAAGCUAUACGCCAGCUCCCUUGGCCAAUAAAGCGAGAUGAGCGCCGCAACCCCAGAGUCAGCCACGACUGGACCUAAUGGUCAAGGGUCCCUGUACCUUAUAUAUCUAAAGUAGAUGAAUAAAUGAGAAAAUUAAGUUAAUUUGGAUAUGCAGAUAAUAUUAAAAAUAAAUUUAAGGAACUGGAGAAAGAGGAGGAAGGAAGCCAAGUUUUGAAAUACUAAAAUGAUCAUAAAAUUGUUGAAAUGCAUAAAAUUGAAAAUCAUAAAUAAUUUUUAAAUUAAAUAAUAAAAAAACCACAGAGGUAAACUCAGGUCGCAUCCCAUGCACCAUAAAUUUAGAGCACAUGUCUUUCUUGCAAAGAAGCCAGGGCACUGCAGUUUGCCCCUCACAGAGCUACAAUUCACAGUACCCAAGACAAAAGCUAGUUUCCAAUAUUCCUACCAGGUCCUGUCUUCUGACUCUUGCAGGUUGUCUCUGGUACGAAGGAGAUUAUGUCUUCUAAAGUCACAGGUGCAAAGAGCGCCAUGACCCGCAGGCUAUCAGGGAUGGUUGACAUGACCAGAGAUGCUGUCCAGGGUAGCGUGAGGACCACAACGUCCAUGGUGACUGGGAGUAUGAGCCUGUUGAUGGGGACGAGAGUUGGCCAGAUGGCCAGGACCAGCGUGGACACCAUGCUGGGCAGGUCCCAUGCAUUUAUAGAUCACUAUCUCCUGGUUGCCGAUGAAGAUAUGAGUAAGGGCUCCUUAGAGUGUUUUCCCCCUACCUGUACAGUACAGAGUGGUUUUUUAUCUUAAUGAUAUGUGCAGACCUGGGGUGGGAGAACCCUUUCAGUUCAAGUGCCACAUUCCUUUCUGGGCAAAUUCUGGUGGUCACAUGCCCGGGGGGGGGGCAAAGUACCCCUUUGGACAGUAGACUAGUUCCUACACGUACCCAGCUUUUUUUCAGCCAGAGCGCAGUUUCGGCAUCUCUCAGGUGGGCACCAUUCUGGCCCCCGCUUCUUGCCUUUAUGUACUUCCGCGAAGCCCCAAACAAACAUUUCAAGUCAAAAUGGAAGCUGGCCAGUGUGUUCGAGUCUACACUUUUUAAGAUCUAUGACUCUGUAGUUUUUAGCGGUGAAUGCUGCUGUUGUCAAACAGCUGUUCAGGGCUGCCCCAGGUUGCCCGGUGACUUACAAUUUCAUGGUGAGUUCUGGCACCAAUUUUUCUUGAUAAAAAGCGCUGCACGCACCCCUCUAUAUCCAGGCAAGCAAAAGGCAAUACAAGACCUCAAGGACGCAUUCUGCACAGGCAAACAAGGCCAGUGAGGGGUGUGGCUUGGGGGAGAGGAUGUGUGGCAUGAGGAUAGCCCUGAGGGCCACAUAGAGAGGAUUGGAGGGCCAUAUUUAUCCCCAAGCCUGAGAUUCCAUGCUCCUGGUUUAGACAAAUCAUUAAUGUCUAAGGCUGGGUCAGCCCCAUGAGCAUCUUUCCACAACUUUAUGUUCCUCUAGUGUUGGGUUUUUUUAAAAACACACAUACACAAAUGUGUACACAUGCUCCAUUAACUGUGAAGCCUCUACCACUUAGAUGUGCCAAAUUUAUUAUGGAGCCUGACCACUCACGAGGGGGGUCAGGGUUUGUGAAAAUAUUAGGCCCUAGAUGAAAUGACCCCUCCCCAGCUCACUGUAGGUAGCAAAAUGGGAAUAGAGAUGUCAGAAAUUUUGCAAAGGGGGCAGGCAAUGUGGUGAAAUGAGGGGCAUAUUGGAGGGGGGCAGCCUUCCCAAAGUCAUCUUGAAAGCAUGAAAUAGCAUAAUUCCCAGGACAUCUCUGCAGGUGUGGGGAGGAAAUGGCAGCCAGACUAACUGGCAGGUCCCAGAGAUUUUCUGGGGAGUGGUGACUGGGGAAAGUAAGGCAUUUCACCCUCUUUCACCCCCACGCACGUUUUCAACUGCAGUGGGGAAAACACAUACGACUGGGCGGUAUUCUGCUAAGUUUUACUCAGAGUAGACCCACAGAAAUCAAUGGACCCACCACGGCUACAUGAAAAGCUUUAAACAAUGGCUCCACCAUUGGGGCGUAAAAUGUGAUUACAAUUUAACUUAUAAAAUGGUGCCCAAGAAUGCCAACAUGGUUAAUCCCCGGCGUAGAGAAACAUUGUGUACAUGGCAACUGGCUCAUGGAGAUGUCUCCUGGCCAUGGAUCCCAACACCUUGCAAAAAUAACUGGGGCCACCUCGAACACGGGGUUCCUGCAAUCUCCUGCUGCAACCUUCUGUCUCCCUUUACGAUCACACAGUGAUGUUUCUUUUGUUUCAGAUGAGACUCGGACAUGUUCUAAAUGUGGAUUGGGGGAUUCUGGGGAGGAAGUGCAGGCACAGAUCAGGUGCGAAGGGUACAUGGUCUGCUUGCUUUCCUUGCUGAACAAAUUCCAACACUAUGCUUCGAUGCAGUCUCAGCGCCGCAUCAGCCACACGUGCCAGAGCCUCCAAAAGGUCACGGAAAACUGCUAUGCGGUAAGAGCAUUCUUUCCCCUUCCUAUGUCGCUCUGGGCUGGGAGGAAACAAUCACAUCUCCUUUGAAAACAAAAAGUUUCAGUGAGGCUGAAAUAUUUCUGAGAUUAGCCCCAAGGAUGGUGUAUGUGUGAGAGAGGGCAGGGGAAGGGGGGGCAACUGUGUCAUCUGGGUCAAAUUCUACACCAGAACUUUCCAAACUUUUCGUAUUCGUGACACACUUUUUAGAUAUGCAUCAUUUAGUGACACAGUAAUUCAGUUUACUAGCAAACCAGAGGUUUAACUAAAGGAAGGUCAAAGGUAAAGGACCCCUGUACUGUUAAGUCCAGUCAAAGGCGACUAUGGCGUUGUGGCGUUGAACUUGCUUUCGGGCCGAGGGAGCCAGUGUCUGUCCACCGACAGCUUUCCAGGUCAUGUGGCCAGCAUGACUAAACCGCUUCUGGCACAAUGGAACACCGUGAUAGAAACCAGAGCACACGGAAAGUCUGUUUACCUUCCCGCUGCAGUGGUACCUAUUUAUCUACUUGCACUGGUAUGAUUUCAAACUGCUAGGUUGACAGGAGCUGAGACAGAGCAACAGGCGCUCACCCUGUUGGGUGGACUCGAACUGCCAACCUUCUGAUCAGCAAGCCCAAGAGGCUCAGUGGUUUAGACCACAGCACCACCCAUGUCCAGAGGUUAAACUAACCCCUUUCUAGCCAUGGGAAGAGCAUGGGGAGCGUUCACACGACACACCUACACACGGCAGCUAACACAGUAAUGUUUGGAAAGCUCUGGUUUAUACAUACACACACGCUGCAGAAUGAGAAGUACACUGCCAUGUAAGGAGUGAGAGGAGAGCAGAAGACCAUUGAGUCCACAAACUAAAAUAAAUGCAUGCGAAAGGGAAUUUAUGCUCCAAAUUUAAACAGCACUAAAUGCAAGCUGUGCUGGGGAGGGGUGACCAGGACACUAACAGUGCACUCCUGAUUUCCCUACUGCAAGUGUGCACCUUGUACUUGGCACUGUUCGGAUUCAGUGGAUUUCCGGGUGGAUCUGACCCAGUCUGGCUUGCGUUUGGCACCCAAAAUGCACAUGCUGGCCAGCUCCUGGGUGCGUCGUCAGCAUGAUCCACAGAGUUCAGCAAGUCCACAGCACAAAGUUAAGUGUGACCACCUCCCUGUAAGCUGAUCCGCAGUAAAAAAGCAUUAGGAGCAGGGGCUGGUGGAAAAGUUGGCAACUUCAUCCUUGCAUUACGUCACAUCCGCUGUGUCAAAAUCUCUCUUUAAGUGUGGACAGGCCAUAGCUCAGUAGCAGGAGAAAUGCUUUGCAUGCAGAAGGUUGCAGGUUUGAGUCCUGGCAUCUUGAGAUAAGGCUAGCAAAGACUCCUGCCUGAAGCUCUAGAGAGCCAGUGCCAGCCAGUGCACAGCUAUUACCUGUUUUUUUUUAAAAAAAUAUUACAUUUAUGUAACACCGUUUUUCAAGGUGGUGCACGUGGGUCUUCCUUUUCCCAUUUUAUCCUCACAACAACCCUGUCAGGCAGGUUGACUGGCCCAAGGUCACCCAGUGAGCUUCGUGACUGAGUGGGGAAUAAUAGAAGCCCCAUCUCCCAGGUCUUUGUUCAACACGCUAGAAUUGUGGAAUCUUAGAGCUGGAAGGGAUCCCGAGGGUCAUCUAGUCCAACCCAGACCUUUGAUCAUCUUUGGUUGCCCUCCUCUGCACACUUUCCAGCUUGUCAGUAUCCUUCUUAAAUUGUGGUGCCAGGAAUUGGACACAGUACUCCCUUCAGCGGUAGUCUAAUCCAGCCUUUCUCAACCUUGGGUCCCCAGAUGUUGCGCAACAAUUCUCAUCAUCCCUGAUGCAGCACUGGUCCUGCUAGCUAGGGAUGAUGGGAGUUGUAGUCCAACAACCCAAGGUUGAGAGAGGCUGCUCUAAGCACUCCACCACACUAGGUGGACCAAAGGUCAUGACCUGGAAUAAGUCAUCUCCCUGUGUUGUUUUUUUCUAAAAAAUUAUAUUCCCCAAUGGAUGUCUGCAUUUCAGGAAUGGAAGGCUUGGCUGGCCGCCUUGUACUAUACAGUCACACUCCCGCUGAGGACCAUCUACCUGAUCAUCCUCUUCAGUGUGGAAGAAUUAUCCUCCCAGUUUCACGAGAAUGUCCCCCAGGCCUCUUACGCCCUCGAGGAACUCAAGAUGGCUCUCUCCACCCUAGAAUGCCUGCAGGAUCUCUGCCGAAGAAUCUUCACCCGAGUGUGGGAGAGAAUGUCUGAGGAGGAGAACCUGAACGCGCUUUUGAACUACGUGUCGCAGUCCCUGCCCUUUUGCUUCUUCACAAACAGCUGCAGAUGCAAGACCUGCCCUGGCAGCGCCAUAAGGGCCCUCAAGAUCACGCGGAGCGGGCAGGCGUCUCGAGGCACCUUUUCUGGGCAGCAGGAAUCCAGGACCAGCUUCCUGGCAGCAGCAACCCCAACCACCUGAGCCCUCUGGCUCUUGUUCACCUGUAGAAGGCAGAGGAGGAAAGUGUGCAAUGUGGACUUGAGGGCAUUUUUAAAGGGCUUGGUUCUUAGAUUAAAUCCUAGGCACAACAGCAGCCUGGCAGUAAAUGAGUGAAUUAGACCUUA